CCAUGUGUUUGAAAUUCAGCUUGGACCUCGUACACAAAUUGCUGAAGUCUGAUACGCUACAGGAGGAGCUACAGACGAGGGGAGAGAGCUUCACCUCGAAGCUGCAGUAUCAGCGGUCAGCCACAGAGAACGUGUUCAUGACUUUUCAGCUGGACUGCCCCAAGCUGCUGAAGCUCACGGGACUGCCCGGCCGUCUCAUCGUGUCUCUGUUCGAGCACAGCUCAGUGGUGGAGCACGUGAAGAGUCCUGCUGGACAGACCUCCCCUGGUGAGAGUAAAUCUGACCAUGCAGACCCUAAGCACCAAUACUCAAGCAAUCACGCACCAUUUUGA